AUGUCCGACUCGGACUCUUCCGGCGGCGGGUGGGGGGAUGAUGUCACGAGGCCCCUGCGCAUAUACGUCCUCAGGCACGAGAAGCGGCCGGUGGACGACCCCACGUUCGACGUCAGCCUGACGGACGAGGGCCUGGAGGAUGCCGAGGAACUGGUGUGUGAAGAACUCAACGAAUUAGGCGUCAACGCGGUGUACUCGUCGCCGUACAAGCGCGUGUUGCAGACGGUCGAGCCGUACCUCGAUCAGGUUCACGUGGGCAUGGGGGCGUGCGUGGAGUGGUGCCUCUCCGAGCACCCCGAGCCCAACGACACGCCGCCCACCGAGAUCCCGGACGAGUGGCACGAUGAGUUCUCCAUCGAAUCGACGCACGUGCCGUUGAUGACCGCGGAGGAGGCGCACGCCAAGAACCGUACCAUCGAGCAGGUGUUCAAUCGGUUAGCGGAUUUCGUGGAGCUCUUGUCCAAGGUGCACGACGAAGGCGACGUGGUGCUGCUCGCGACGCACCAGACCUCGGUGCACGCGCUGCUGUCGAUGGCGAGCGGCAUCCCCGUCGACUGCAUGGACGUCCCGAUGGGUAAAAUAGUGGAGCUGGACUGGCACGGCGUGAUCAAGUACAAGUACCACGGCGGGCCCGAACCGCCGUGGGCGUGCUACGAGAGCCACUUUCACCCGUCCAAAAACAAACACGGCGGCGAACUCAAGUUCACGUACAUCGCCGCCGAGGAGGACUCCGAGGAGGACUGA